AUGGCGGAUUUGAAGGAGAUAAGGGUUCACAUAGGUAAUAUUUCGCCGAAGCUUCGAGCGAAUAGCACGCUGUUGGAGCAGAGACUCACGAAAUAUAGCGACUCGAUCAUCUCACCGCUCGAGUUCCACACCAAGCCUUUACAAGAUAGCUAUUUUGCUUAUGUUACGAUUCUGGCUUUGCAGCUGGAAUUUGAAAAAUUGAAGCAGGCGCUUAAUGGCGUUGUGUUUAUGGGGAUGAAACUCAGUGUCGGCGUUGCGAAACCUUUGUUUGCAGAGAGAUUAAUGCGAGAACGAGAGCGCAAGGAGAAGUUGAGCCUGAGGAAGAACUUGGCGAAGAAGGUGAAGGAAUCCCAGAUUGUUGAAGCGAGGAGGCAACGAAUCCAAGAAGCUCGAACUCGUUUCCCUACCAACGAUGUAACGGGGACCGUUCGAACCUCCACGUAUUCACCUCAACUUGACAUUGUCUCGAAAUCUGAACAUACGCUCAACCUGGGUUCCUUAGGCAGUACCAGUACUAGUGCCUCAACAAGAGACAAACACAUGACACCAACAUCGCGUAGGAUUGACGGUACCAAGUCAUACGGAGCAUUUACCAAUAGCCUCAUUUACAAAUAUCGUUCAGGGAAAUCGAAUAGUGUCAUCAAGGGAGCCCAUCGACGCACACCACGCAAGGACCCUCGUCUGCAGACCUUGCGUGUGUUGGUCAACGGCGAGCUCAAGACUUUUAAACAUUUCAAGACGAAGCUAUGGGGGGUCGAGAAGAAAACCGCUCGAGAUUUGACGUAUCUGUAUGAUCCCAACUUGGGAUGGAAAAGUGGCGAUGGCCAUGUAGUUGAGGCAGCUGCUGGUACAUCGUGUGGAAUCAAUGGGAGACAAGCUAUGAACUAUGGUCGGGAUAGUGAUAUUGAGGGGGUUGAUGGCAGGGGGCUAAAUGAUACUAAGGAGGGCGACGAGAGUAGUCAGAAUAAAUCGGUGUUGGCUCUGAUUUUGAAAGAUUAUGAUUUCGAUAAGCCGAUGGAAUUGGAUGAUGCUGAUGAUGACGAAAUGGGAGACGAUGGAGAUGAGAUUGAAGUUGAUUCAAGGGGACGCAAGAGGAUCCAUCAUUAUGACUACGAAGUCGAGGGAAAAAUAGAUGAUGAGCAACGAAGCGCAAGCAUGGAGAAACAGGCGGAUGUGGAUGUCGAUGUGGAUGACGUCAUCAAAGUGAGCACGCAGGAGUUGGAGAGACCAAAGGAGGAAGUUUACUAUGAUGAAGACGAUGAAGGGAAUGAUAUUCUGGAUUUGCAGUUUAUCGAGAAUGCGAGGGCAGACCCCUACCUGGAAGAGCCGACGACAGUACCAAAGCAGUCUCCUUCUUCGACUACCGGAGAAGCAGCAAAAGAUGAAGAAAACCAAAUAGAAGAGGAUGACUCAGAUUCAGAGUUUAUGCCCACGUUUGGAGUUCCAUCGGAACCAGAACCAGCGGGAACCACCGAGUCGUUGCGAUCCUUGCUUAACCCAACCACAGCAGCAACUUCCAACCAAGAGACAACGGCACCGGCAACAUUCACACUAGCAUUAGCAGAGGACGACGAGGAUAUAGACGAAGCCAAAGCCGAGGCGCAACGAGUCCAAGAUGAAGAGCAACGUCAACUUUUGAAGCAGAUCCAACGGAAACAGCAAGAGCUACUCAACCAACAACAACAGCAACAACAAGAACAAGUUCUACAAAAAAGACGCAACCAAUUUGGUUUGUUCUGGCCUCAUUUUGACUCGCCGUUCCUUUCGACACAAUCGCAAUUAUCCAAGAUUGGCUCAGUUGACGACGAGUAUAAAUACAUGUGGGCAGUCGAGUCGAGUGGUCCUGCCGGUGCCACGGCAAUUGACCAUUCUCAUGAAGGAGAACUGGCGUAUGAGAAGUGGUUCUGGAGUAUCCGGGGUGAGAUGACACGGGAAUGCAAACGCCGGAAACGAGAUUUGAUGCGGCACUUGCGCAAACGAAAAUAG